UCUUAUUUCUGGCCAGUGUAUAUAAUCCGGUUUUCUACUAAACUCUAUAUCCAGUCCUAUUUCAGCAGUUGUUGAACCCACCCAACAGACAACAUGAACAAGCUGUUUAUUGUCGCUGCUGUUUUGGCUGUCGCGGCCGCUGCUCCUUCCAGUAGUUACAAACCGGUGGAAUACAAGGCUCCCGAAAUCACCAUCGUGAGCCAAUCUGAUGUCCGCAAUCUUGAUGGCAGCAGCAACUGGAGCUACGCUGGAUCUGACGGUACCACUCGUGACGAGUCCCAGGUCCAGAAAAAGAUGCAAGGAGUCACCUACGACUCUUACGGCAAAGAAACGUACGGUGAAGUCCUCGGCAACACCAACAAGGGAUCAUCUUACUGGAUCUCCCCCGAGGGUCAGAAAUUCACUCUGACUUGGGCGGCAGAUGAGCAGGGAUUCAAACCCAAGGGCGACCACUUGCCCGUCGCUCCCGUUCACGUUUACGAGCUCCCGGUCGCUCCCGUCCAUGAAUACGAACUCCCAGUUGCCCCUGCACUCCCCUACAAACGCACUGGACUCGGUUAUUAACUCAAAUCAAAUUUCAUUCUUGAAUUUCACACGAAAUUUCUGUCACAUGUUCCUAAUUACACCAGUAUGUAAAUUAUUGGUGUGGUAAUAACAAGGGUAAUAAAUAUAUUAGUUAAAGUCCUUGUUAAAUUUCACUUCUAUCCUAACCCUAGUUGCGUCUUAUAUAAAUGAUCCAGCAUAUUUAAUACAACGCGAACUGUUUUAUUUAAUAACCUCAGUUUGGUACAUGAAACGAAUACAAAUUAUUAAGCAAUUCUUUUGGAGAUCAAAUAAAAAGACUCAUACGAUCAAUGAUGCGACGAGUUACCAGUACACAGAGGUCCGGAUAGUUCUUGGUGAGAUCUUCCCAUUCUUUCAAAUGACAAACUUCUUUUCCCUGCAAGGUCAUGAAAGAGACGACUGUUUGUUGUAGCUCGUCGACCGAGUGAAGAUGGGCCCAUACCAAGAGAUUGAUGGCGUUUUCUACUCGAACACAGGUAAGCAGGAAACGAACGCAUUCUUCUUUCAAGUCGUUGAUGUCGUACUUAUCGGCCGCCACGAACAGAGGCUGAGCUGUAGCUUCUUCAGUCAGCGCUGUCAAAAGCCGGCCACAGUAGAUGUAGUGGUAGUAGUUGCUUGAAAAUGUCCGGCUCUACGUCAUCAAUGACAACCUCACCAGUCGCUGCUUCCUUCAUGUCGUGCUCAAACAUCGCGGCGAACACGGGACUCCUAGCCACCAGGAUAUUAACAUGACCGCCAACACGUUCGUCGCCUUUGAAAGUGAACUGGACAU